GGAGAACGAAUCUGAUGGAGAGGAGGUGGAGAUGACGGGACCUCUGGGGGGGAAGAUCUGUGCAACUGUCCACUCGGAUGUUUUAUUCCAAGAGAAAGGAUAUUGUCAUUGUGCCAGCACACCCUGCCAUCAGUGACGAUGACGAGGAGGAAGAUGACGAUGUGGAAGACCCUGACUUUGUCCCACCCACCCACAAUCUGGACAUUCCAGGCCCAAGUGACAUGGGCCCCUCUGCCAAGAGGUGGUGCAUGGAGCCUGCAGUGCUCCAGGUUGAUGACGACGAUGACGACGAUGACGACGAUGAUGACGACGACGACGAUGAUGGUGACAACGAGCAGUCAGCACUACAAGCCAAGAGGCCCACCAAACCCAGGAAGUCAGCAGCACGGCCAACCACCUGGCACAAAGCUGACCUGGAAAACACAGAACUGAAUACCAGCACUCUCCCUCUGACUACAUUGAAACCCCUUUUCAGUACUUCACAAGGUACUUUGGCCCCGAAAUUAUCACUCAUAUCACCUACCAAACAAAUGUGUACGCCACUCAAAAGGACAUUAACACCACUUUCACCACCAAUGAGAAUGAGAUAAUGACAUUUCUGUCCAUCCUGAUGUAUAUGGGGAUUUCAGAGCUCCCAGCUGUUGAAGAUUACUGGGCCAUGGAGACCAGAGUCCCUCAAGUUGGCAACCUGAUGUCUUCAAAGAGGUUCAGGCUGCUGAAAAGGGUUGUCCAUUUCAAUGACAACACUGAGCU